GGUUUCUAUCAGGAUGGAUGUGUCCGCGAGAAGGAAACCACCUUUCAUGCUCUAAAAAAUGUAACAAAAAAAUGAAUAUAUUAAUUAUUCUUCUCCUCGGAUUCCAUGGAGCCGAAGCUGUCCUGCAUUCUCUCAGCUACGGCUACACGGCAUCAUCAGGAAUCCCAGAUUUCCCUGAAUUUGUAACAAUUGGCAUAGUAGACGGACAGCCAGUCUCCUACUAUGACAGCAUCAUCAGAGAAGAAAUCCCCAAACAGGACUGGAUGAAACAGACUGAAGGACCUGAGUACUGGGACAUGCAGACUAAGAUCUCUGUACAGGCCGAGAAAGGCUUCAAAGUUAGCAUUGAAAAUGUCAGGCGACGCUUAAAUCAGACUAAAGGUGUCCAUAUUGUUCAGAAGAUGUACGGCUGCAAGUGGGAUGACGAGACUGAUAGAGUUAGUGGUUUUAAUCAGUUUGGUUAUGAUGGAGAAGAUUUCCUCACAUUUGAUCUGAAAACACAGACGUGGAUCGCCCCGAAACAACAGGCUUUACUGACCAAAAUGAAGUGGGACCGUGACCAAUUAAAGUUUAAAUUAGAUAAACAGUACCUCACACACGAGUGCAUUGGCUGGCUGAAACAAUACAUUGAUAAUGGGAGGAAGUCUCUGAUGCGAACAGAUCGUCCCACAGUGUCCUUCCUGCAGAAGUCUCCCACCGCCCCAGUCACCUGCCACGCUACAGGUUUCUACCCCAACAGAGCCGCGAUGCACUGGAAGAAAGACGGAGUGGAAAUCCAUGACAACGUGGUCAUGGGCGAGAUCCUCCCCAACAACGACGGAACCUUCCAGAUGAGCAUUGACCUUUCAUCGGUCAAACUGGACGACAAGACCAAGUACGAGUGUGUGUUUCAGCUCUCAGGUGUUGAUGACAUCACCCACGAACUGAGGAAAGAAGUGAUCAAGUCCAAUGAGAAAACUGCUACCUUUGCCAUCAUCAUCGUCGUUGCGGUAGCUGUUCUCUGUGCCAUGAUCAUUGCUGGUGUUGGAUUCUUCAUUUACAAAAAGAAGAAUGUCAAACGUCGUCCAUCUCCUGUAAGCGACCCUGAGGUUGAGCAGGAACUGAAUCCUAAAGCCUGAACACAAUAAAUUUUGCAAUGGAUAAAGAAGCUGUGCCAGAAUAUUCCUCUGAUGAAAACAGGAAAUGCAGUUGUUUAUCACAUACUGUGGUAGAAUCAGGGUUGGAUGUUUUGAAUCAGUUAAAAAGAAAACAGAGUUGAAAAGGUAUUUGGUUCACAGAAAAGUGACAUAUUUUAUCUCAAUUAAAUUGUAGUAAAAUGUUUUGAUGAUUUGGUUUGAAAUGAAAUCAAUUUCUUGAAAUUGACUGAUUAAAUAUCAACCAUGUAUAUGGUUAAAUAUUUCUGUUGAUGGAGGGUUUUUCUGUUAGUGUCAAAAACGCUUUACAUAAACACAUUCCAGUUUUUUUAUGUAUGUUCCUUCAAUCUGCCCCCACAUACUGAUUAAUCCUGAUCUGACAUAACAUACAUUUUCAUUUUUUAUUUAGAUUACUACAACUAGUAUUGUAAAUCAGUUAAAACCACAGACACAGAACCAUCAAUUAUAUGUAUACAUGUGAUGGAUUAUUUUUCUGUUGUACCCUGUAACUGCUCAGAAUCACCAGUGAAAGCAGAAUAGAAAAUAUAAAAUGGAUUUUCUGUUAAUGACUAAUUUCCUUUGGUGUAGCACUUUAGUUUGUCAGUUAAACCACUUAAUCAUCAUAUACUGGUUGUAUCAGUCUUGUCAGCCACUCUACCC